AUGCUGUUAUCAAGCCUUCUUCUGACCGCCGCGUCCGCGGCCGCGGUGGUCAUCAUCCCGGGCGGUGGCGACCCGAAGCCCUAUACCGGCGCUGCCGGCCUCACUUCCGAAAAUGCCUACUUCCGCGAGUCGGCGCCCUACGAGUUCUUCAACAACAGCGCCGAGCUCAUCAUGACCUCCCUCUCCGUCACCAACAUGUCAACUGCCCCCGGCCUGCGCCCCUCCGGCGACUCCUUCGUCCGCGGCGCCAUCCAAGCCUGGGGCGAGCACCUACACCUCGUCGUCCGCCCAGACGAGGUGUGGUUCACCAUCCUCGUGCAGAUGAACUUCUACAUGCUCUCGCACGCCGAAGAGAUCCGCUCUCUCUUCGUCGACCACGAGGGCCAAGAAGAGAUCUACAUCGAGGACUACACCUGGUACGACGUCCUGAUCCGCUUCAAGGACGAGAUCCAAAAACGCGUCAAAACCGACUGGCUCCUCGACUGGAUCACCCCCAACUUUUCCACCACCACCGACAGCGACAUCAUGACGGCCAACAUCCUCAUGAUGGGCCUCAGCAAAGCCUACUUCAAAUACAUCGGCAAGCAAGUGUGCGGGCUCCCCUCCGUCACCCUCCUCGGCACCGCCUCCGACUGGACCAAGCUCCUCGCCAAACUCGACCGCCUCCCCGACUUCGGCGUGGAGCCCGCCGAGUACAAAGCCCGCCUCCGCCCCAUCCUGACGCGCAUCGCGGCGUCCUUUGACGACCCGGACUCCGCCGAGACGCGCCUCUUCUGGAACCAGAUCGUCAACGCCGAGGCCUCCCACAUGUGCGGCGCCCCGCCCGUGUACGUGUCCGGCUGGAUCACGGGCUUCUACUAUUGGAAUGACAACGGGCGGCCGUUUGCGCGCACCGACGGCCCCCCGCGCAGGCCGCGGUUGGCGCUGGAUGGGGUCGAGUAUCCGGCGCUGGAUCUGACGUUUGCGCCGGUGGGGUAUGCGCGCGCGCCGUUUAUUAUGAAGGAUUUUGGGGGGAUGGAGGAGUUUCCAGCCUAUGUGGCGGCGGGGGGGCUGGGGAAGCAGAUCACGGAGGGCCCGCCGGAGGGGUAUAGGGAGGCGUUGGAGAGGACGGGGGGCGAUGUGAAGAUGGCGGAGGAUGGGACGGGGCAUGGCACGCUGAGGCCGCUGAGUGGGUGGAUGCUGUAUGGGCCUGUUGAUCAUGAGGUCGCGCAGCCGCAGUACAUGGAGGAGGAUGAGCUGCUGGAGAUUUUAUUUUUGACGAAACAGGGCAUGACGGAGGAGACGUGUGGGUUGUUUGCAGCGCCGUGA